GGAUCGCAGAUAAGACUGGUCCGCGAGGAUCUCGCACUGUGAAUCUGGGUCACACGAGAGCGUGCGCUGAACAGAGUGGUCAGACCAAAUCGGUGGGACGGAAAAUAUCAGCCACACCACGUAUCACCUCUUAGGAAGCAGAAAGCCUUUCUUAUACACUCAAGAUGUCGUGGGAUGAACAAGUUAAGACAAUGGGUUCCUACACGGGUGACAAGAUGUUUUAUGGUGCUAUCAACGGCCUAGACGGCAACAAAUGGGCCAGCAAGGGGGCCAUGGAAGUUUCACAGGAAGAAGUACUUUUCGCGAUCAAGGUCUGCUCCCAUAAUGGCAGUGAACUUGGCAAAGCGCAAGGUUCAGGAAUCUACCUGGCUGGUAAAAAGUUUAAGUUCUUGAGGUCAGAUAGUGAGGAAAAGAGCGUUACAUUCACCCGCAGUGAGAAUGAAAAGCUCCAUAACGGAUUUGCCAUUCUGACCAAACAGACAAUUCUAAUCUGUGUAUGUGAAGAAGAAGGAAAGGGAAGUGCUGCGUCGACAGGAGCGUGCAAGAUGGCGGAUUACUUACAAUCUGUAGACUAUUGAUGUGUUAUGUUGGAAUGUUAAGAAGAACAACACUGUUUGGAAACAAACUGGUGAUAGUCUACCACAUUCCGUUAUGGAUAAACGUGAAUGCUAUGAACGUCAUUGAACAUUUUCUACGUGUUUCUCUGUAUUUCAAUUUGCACGUCUGUGUAUAAUGUGUAAUCUUUAUAAGCCGUAUCCGAAAGAAAAUGUGCUCUAAUUAAAGAAUAAGUAUAUAAUACUUUUGCUAAACCUCAUAUUUUCAUCAAUUUGAAAUAUUUUGAAUAUGUAAAGUCUCUGAUGUGAUUAUAUUAAUAAACCCUUCCAUCCACUA